AUGUCCAACGUAGCUUUACCAAUUCUCGAAGCGAUCCAAAAUUUGUGGACACAGACCAAUGAAUAUUUACCCAAUUUAAAUACUCACCUUAUUCAACUUACACAGUUGUUUAAUUCACAAAUAGCAACUUUAAACACUUUAAACGAUUAUACCCUUAUCAUCGUUUUAUUCGCUGUAUCCUACGUUCUAUUUUCAAUAUGUAAAAUGAUACUUCGAUGGGUUUAUGGCACAGUAGUUGGUAUGAUUAAGUUCGGGUUGUAUAUAACUAUUGUUAUUGCUUUAUACUGGAUAUAUGUUAGUAUUGAUAUAGAAAAGGGCAAUGAAGAGAUUAGAAGAACGCAACAGAAGUUUGUUCAAGGGGUUAAGGGAGCAGUUCGUAGUGGAUUAAAUGAUCUGUGA